ACACACUUGUACUGCUAAAUAUAUUAUAUUAUUAUAUAAUACAUACAUACAGUUCACGCCCUUUGAAUAGUCCUUCCAUCCAUUAAUGUAAUAACAUUUCCGUUGUCUGAGUAUUCAACCCUUCAAAAUUUCAUUUUCCAUAUGCUUGCCGUAUCCGCUUGGUUUUACUAUUCAAAGCCUCUAUUUUGUAUAUUCAACUUUUCAUUCACACACUCUCUCUAUAUAUAUCUAUUUAGAUAGAUCGAUAGAUAGAUCAGAGAUACAGAGAGAGAAAUUGUUGUUGUAUCAGUACGAUUGUGUUAAUUAAUUUGGUGAGUUUUUGACAUAUCAGUCCUUGAGCUGGUUUGCUGAGAAUGGCGAGUAGUUGUGGUGCGAUGAUUAAUGGAUCUUCUUCUUCUUGGAUUCAAUUGAAGGAAUCAGCAAAAAAUAAGAAGAUGAUGAGAAAUAAUAAUAAAAAUAGGGUUAGGGUUUGCUGUGUUUUUAAUUCUUCUUCCACCAUGAAUAUGAGUAGUGAUCCCUACACAACUCUUAGGAUUCAUCCUGGUGCUUCUGAAUCUCAAGUCAAGAAAGCUUUUAGACAACUUGCUCUACAGUAUCAUCCGGACGUCUGCAAAGGAAGCAAUUGUGGGGUCCAGUUUCACCUCAUUAACGAAGCUUAUGAUACUGUGAUGAGUAAUUUGAGAGGAGAUCCAAUAACAUCAGAGAUGGAAUCGUAUGAGCCGUACGAUGAUGCCGGGAUGGAUGAGCCCAUGAGAGGGAUGGACGACCCUGAUUGGGACUUGUGGGAAGAAUGGAUGGGAUGGGAAGGAGCAGGAAUUCGCGAUUACUCCUCUCAUAUUAAUCCUUAUAUCUAAAUUGUACAUAAUUGUGUAUAUAUAUAUAUAUAUAUAUCAUUUGCCGAGUUACAUCACCCACAAAAGUCAAUCACUUGUGUAAUUAAGUGGGUGUUCAUUGUUUAUUCUAUCUGUACAUAUUUGAUUAUAUGAUACUAUAUAAUUACAAUUUACUAGCUGUAAUUACUUUAUGUAAUAUGAAAAGAUGCAAUAAAAAUAUUUUAGUCUCAAACCUUUUGCUUCGA